CAACCGUUGCUCAAUGCAAUUUGCGACAUUAACAGCCAUGUUUACGCAUUAUAAUGACAAUCAUAUGAGUUUAGUGAUAUCAGAACGCCACGUUUAUAAAUACCGCUGCAAACAAUGUUCGUUAGCUUUCAAAACUCAAGAUAAGCUUGCAACUCACGCGCUUUAUCAUACAAUGCGUGACGCUACUAAAUGUGGUACAUGUCAACGAAACUUUCGUAGUGCCCAAGCGUUGCAGAAGCACAUAGAACAGUUUCACAAUCAGACAAUAGCCAAUAGCUUGGUCGCAUCCAUGAAUGUUAGUGACUGCAGUAGCCCAGGUACCGUUUCUCCUGCUGGAAGCGAGGUGGAGCGUUGUGCAAAUAUAAAUGAUAAGCUAUUAAGUGAACAGAACGCUCGUACGCCACCACUGGGACCAGAUGAAUGUAGUGCUUCCUUAUCGCCAAGUAGCUUAAAAGCUGACCAGGCCGUACAUUCACCAACUUCUCAGCAACAACAUAUAGCUGCCAUUACUACAGCUUUACUUAAGCAACAACAACCAGCGACAGGUUUAUUACAUCAUUUACAAGAGCAACAACAGCAACAGUUAUCGCAUAUUCCAGCACUUUCAAACUUUCAACAAAUUCAACACCAAUUACCACAGUUAGUAGCUGCUUCUGCAGCAUCUGGCAUGCCUUUUAAUGCCGUAGAAAUGCUUAAUUUUAUGCAAUUUCAUCAUUUGAUGUCGCUAAACUUCAUGAACUUGGCACCGCCGUUGGUUUUCGGUGGUAAUCCAGCCACGGUAAGUAGUUCCACCAACACCAAUAACACUCGACCUUCUACUGCUCAUACAAGUUCCUCCAAUCCAACAUCUGCGCACUUGCCAUCAACGGACUUAUCAGUUGUUUCCAGUAAUAAUAUUUCAACGGCCAUUAGCACCAGUAUCCCGGCAGUUGUGCCUGCAGUGUGCAACACUGAUGUUGGUCCACAAUUGUUGCAUCAACCACAACAGAUAUCUCCGGGUCUUUCUAGUACACAGUUGUCGAAUAAUCAAAAACGAGCGCGCACACGGAUCACCGAUGAACAAUUAAAAAUACUGCGUGCUCAUUUCGACAUCAACAAUUCCCCUAGUGAAGAGAGCAUAAUGGAAAUGUCUCAAAAAGCAAAUUUACCAAUGAAGGUGGUUAAACAUUGGUUUCGUAAUACACUCUUUAAGGAACGACAACGCAACAAAGACUCACCCUACAAUUUUAACAAUCCUCCAUCCACUACAUUGAACUUAGAGGAAUACGAGCGAACUGGCAAUGCGAAAGUCGUAUUGCUUAAUGAACAGAAUAAUUUACGUAAUGAGCAACAACAGCAAGCACGUUCCCCUCCGAUAUCUGUGGCUAUUUUAAAUCAUAACAGUAAUGACAUGCAGGCAGCACAGCAUCAACAACAACACAAUGAACAGAAAUAUACAGACGAUCUUGAUACAAUGUCAAACACGCAAGUAUCAAGUGCAGGAAACACAACAUUUGAAGCGGACGUUUCAAUAAAGACUGAACAUAGAAAAGAGCUUAACUUGUCCAUAUCAAUGGAUUGUAGUAAUAACGAUAUUCAGCAACAGCAAGCAUUUGUUCCAUCGAGUGCGACCGUCAACACAUUUUUUAAUCAACAGCAUCAAAAAGUGGGUUGCCCCAUCAUGGAACACAAUUUAAAUGAUAUGAACGAUACAACUGUUGCAUCAUCAACUACCACUAUUCAACAUCAGCAAUAUUCUGCAACUACAUAUUUUGGUAGCUACGAAGCAAAAUCCGAAAGCGGUAGUUCAGAUAUGCAUUCACGUCCUCAAACUCCUAAUCGCUCAAGCACCCCAAAUAUAUAUAACAGUAUGAAUGAGCUGUUGGGACAGCACAUAGAUACAUUGCCGCUGAAUCAAAUGCCUUGCCUACCAGGCAGUAGCAUGGGACCCCCUAAAAAAUUUCAAUUAAAUAGUGCCAAUACUAGCUCUGUUAACAACGCUCUAUCUCUAAUAGAGCGUCCGAGUCACCAAAAUAGCAGUAGUAACAAUUCAGGAGCAAACAGCAGUAGCGGGGUCAACCCAGUUAGCACUAAGGCGUUUGAGAAACACUCUCCUUCCCACGUACAGUUUGAUAACAACUCUAAUUCCUCAAAUUCUUCGUCGACUUCGAGCGGUAAACGUGCGAAUCGCACACGCUUUACUGAUUAUCAGAUCAAGGUUUUGCAGGAAUUUUUCGAGAACAAUUCUUACCCAAAAGACAGCGACUUAGAAUAUCUCAGUAAGCUUCUUUUACUUUCACCACGUGUUAUAGUAGUCUGGUUUCAAAAUGCGCGACAAAAGCAGCGCAAAAUUUAUGAAAAUCAGCCAAAUAACUCACUGUACGAGUCUGAAGAAAAGAAACAAAACAUAAAUUAUGCAUGCAAAAAAUGUAAUCUGGUAUUUCAGCGUUACUAUGAAUUAAUACGUCACCAAAAAAAUCAUUGCUUUAAAGAAGAGAAUAACAAAAAGUCAGCUAAAGCACAAAUAGCUGCAGCGCAAUUAGCACAAAACCUUAGUUCUGAAGACUCCAAUUCAUCGGCUGAUGUAAAUAACACAGCGAUGCUGUUGGCAGCAGGUGGUCAUCCUUCCUCAUCAACGCAUGUUCAAUUACUCCCGUCCAAUUUUCACAAAUCUAAUACUGCAAGCGAAUUCGGACCAACGCCAGUAGGUAAUACAAGCAGUACGCCAUCUGUUGAAUAUAAAACAAGCGCCGAAAAUCAAAAGUUCGACUGCGAUAAAUGUAAGCUGACCUUCACAAAUUUUGAACAGUUGCGCGAACAUCAACUGUUGCAUUUGGUUAACCCGAAUCUAAAUUUGUAUGCAUCAACCUCCCAACAGCAUCCAGGAACCGAUCCAAACACAGCGGUAGCCGCAGUUGCAGCCGCCACAUAUGGUCCCUUUGGAACUAUAUUGCAAAGCUUACAACAAGUUGCCCAAGUACAGCAACAACAGCAGCAUCAAAAAACAACCCAACCGCCUAUGAAAAAAAGGAAAUAUUCCGAAACUUCUUCAAACGCUGACGAUGCAUCGUCGCUGGAUGGCAUAUCAUUGUCAGGCAAUGAAUAUGAGUCCCAGGCAAAAAAGUAUAAUUUCUUGUAUCAAUACUUUUUGCAGAACGAAGGCAGUGCCAAUUUACGUUAUCAAAUCACUGAUAACCAGCAGCAAUCCUAUACCCAAGAUACUGAAAUGAAUCUUGAAUUUCUGGCGAACUUUUAUCAGCAGACAGAAUCAAAAAAGCGAAAUAGUUACGAGUUUUUACUUCACUAUUAUCUAAAGAAUGAGCAACAGCAAGGCACAAAUUUUAAUCAAGACAGCAAACCUAGCUUGGAGUUUUUAUUGCAGUAUUACCAGCUUUCUGAAUCUAAAAAGUUUUUUCAAAUAGAUGGCUCUCCACAAAUGACGCUUGAUGUAGCGUCGACACCAACCAACAACAGCAUACAAGAGGGUUAUGAAAACUUUACGAAACAAAAAAGCGAGAGCACUGUUGAUGAUGAAGGUAAUGUUAACUUUCUUGAUGAAGACGUGAAUAGACAAAGCAAUUUAUUUCAUUCACUUACGAGUCAGGACAAUGUUGAAGAGGAACAUCAUCAGCAACAAAAUUCAGAACAAAAUAAGGUGUUCGAUAACGAGCGUAAUAAUAAUUACAGUGCUAAAAGCGAUAAGCAAACACAUGGAGACAAAGUCUGUGAUAAAAUUAGUUAUGAGAGUAUAAACAAUAAAUCAUCAUGGAGGAUCGAGAAACUGGAUUUACAAAGAAAAACUAGCAAUAGAAAUCUUGAGCAUAUAGAUCAAUUAGAUGGUUUAGAAGAGGUGAAGCCAAACCAAAAAAGACAUAGAACUCGUGACCAAUUGUCAUCGUCGUCUGAAAUUUCUGCUUCAUUGCCAAUCACUCAAACUGCAGAAGCAUUGGCUGCUCGUCCUUCUAUUGUUGUACACAAGCAACGAUCUAUUACGCUCAACAAUAAACAGCAACCGCAAUACCAUUCAAAUAAUCAAAAAGCACCAAUUACAUCGCCCAAUAUUUUAGUAUCCGAUCAAGAACAACGGCCAACAUUCGACUCUAUUGUUAAUACAACAACAGUGAAACCACAUUUACCAGAAUAUAAGCAAAGUAAAAGACUUCGCACCACUAUUUUACCGGAACAAUUGAAUUUUUUGUACGAAUGCUUCCAAAAUGAGUCAAAUCCGAGUCGCAAAAUGUUAGAGGAAAUAGCUACUAAGAUCAACUUAAAAAAGCGAGUUGUUCAGAACUUGAACGGUCAUCUCGUAUGAAAGAGCAUCGACUACAAUAUUCAAGAUCAAGAGGAAGAAAAAGUUAGCUGAACUCUUAUAGGCAGCGAAAGAAUGAACAAGUAUACUAAUGUUCAAAUACGUAUAUAAGAUAUGCAAAUUCGCUUAUAAGCGAAUUAAUUUAUCUUGGAAUUCACUUAUACUAACACCUAUAAUAUAAUAAUAUGUACAUUUAAGCUUCAAGAAAAAAGUUCCUAUUAAGAAAUACUAAUACAAACGUACAUACUUAUACUUAAAUGGUGAUUAACGUGAAAACAAAAAAUUCAUAUAAUUAGUUUUAAGGUCGAAAAUCUUCUCGGUUUUCUAAUCAUAAAACUAAAGUGAACGGAAGUUUAAAGAUUCAUAACAUC